AUCAUAUAGUGGAGCAGUCGACUUGUAUCCAGAGCUAAAUCUAUGUUCCUCGCAUCAUAUAGUGGAGCAGUCGACUUGUAUCCAGAGCUAAAUCUAUCCUAUCCAAGUCGCGGCUUGUGGGAGGCAGAAGACUACGAGUCACUUUCUAAUACAGUUUGGUGCGCAGGAGUCAAAUAGUGAGCGUUCAACUGGAAGCAACAGCGAAUUAGCGACAGUAAUUUACUGCAAGAAGCUUCAGUGUCGCGGUGUUGGUUUGGCUACUCAUUAUAGGAAUUAAUGAAGAAAACGCAAGACGCUCCUUCAAUUUCACCAACACGUAGGCUAUUGAUAACGGAGAUAAGUGAACAGUUGAAGAGUGCGCUCCCGCACCCACGCCUGGCCUGACCUCUAAAUGCCGGGCAUAAACUCCACCACUGCCCCUCACUAUGAGUCAGGCUGGGAGAUGGAGUACGACCGCUACCAACAUUACUUCUACGACGACCACGAUCUGGAUGAGGAUUUCUUUAAAUCCACUGCGCCCAGUGAGGACAUAUGGAAGAAAUUCGAGCUAGUACCGACCCCGCCCAUGUCCCCUAUCCGGACUUUGGAGGGGGCCGCCGUUGUCGGGAUGGUCUACCCUUCGCUGGGGGACAAACUCGAGUGGGUGUCCCAGUUUUUGGGUCAAGAGGACGACCAGGAUGUGCCGUGUAAACUCAGUCCCGCCGACGAGACUUUGGGGAACCUGAGCUCCAUUAUCAUCCAGGACUGCAUGUGGAGCAGCUUCUCGGCGGGCAAGCAGCUGGAGAAAGUUGUCGGGGAGCAACUCGCCUCCUGUCCCGGGUCGGGGCCGAACAAACCGGCCUUGCAGCAGGUGGGAGCUGGCAUCAACACCACCGGGAGGGCGCAGUGUGUGACGAUGUCCGUGGACGCGCCGGUUCCGGUUCUCAGUAGCUUGGCGACGGAUUGCGUGGACCCGGCUGCUGUUCUCACCUUCCCGCUAACCGGGGGACCGUUUAAGAAACAGGCGGUGUCCUCCGGUUCGGAGUCCCACACAGACUCAUCAGAUGAUGAAUCUAGUGACGAUGAUGAUGAGGAUGAUGAGGAUGAUGAGGAGGAUGAUGAGGAGAUUGAUGUGGUGACGGUGGAACGCAACCAGUACAAGCCCCGGCGGCUGACCAACGGCAGGCCCGGCGGGCUGAACGGGCGGACGCCGGUGACCAUCAUGGUUCGAGCGGACCCUCUGGACCCGUGUAUGAAACGCUUCCACAUCUCUAUCCACCAACAGCAGCAUAACUACGCAGCGCCCUCCCCCGACACACACACCAACACACACACACAUCCCGAGCCCCCCAGGAAGAGGGUCCGACACGAGCACCCAAACUCUUCUCAUAACAUCUCAAACUCAUCUUACCCCCAGCCACACCCGGGCCCCGCCUCAACCAAUCAGAACCCUGAGAGCAAACCACCUCACGUCGCCGUAGUAACGGCCGGUUCGGAGUCACCUGACGCCAACACACUCUCCCCUGCCUCCUCCCCCUUGGCCUCUCCCCCAUCCUCCUCCUCCCACCACCUCUCCUCCUACUCCCACUGCUCCCACACCUGCAGCCCCCAGUCCUCCGACUGCGAGGACACGGACAAACGCAAGACGCACAACUUCCUGGAACGUAAACGGCGCAACGACCUGCGCUCUCGUUUCCUGGCGCUGCGGGACAAGAUCCCUGGCUUGGCAGAGUGCCCCAAGACGCCCAAGGUGGCCAUCCUGACGCACGCCACGGAGUACCUGGCACAGCUGCAUUCCAGCGAGCGCCAGCGGGCACAGGAGAAACGGCAGCUGAAGGCCAGGCAGCAGCAGCUACUCCGCAGGCUGGCACAGCUCAAACAAUGCCCCUGAACUGACUGGCAGCGACCUCUAGUCGACAGAAACCAGGACUGAAUGAAAACCAACUCACUGGCAGCAGCUGGCAGGGAGAGAAGCUCUAGCAGUAUGCUCUGUAUAACCCUAUAUUAUAAACCAGGACUGAGUCAAAACCAGGGGUGGAUCUCAACCCUAUAUUAUAAACCAGGACUGAGUCAAAACCAGGGGUGGAUCUCAACCCUAUAUUAUAAACCAGGACUGAGUCAAAACCAGGGGUGGAUCUCAACCCUAUAUUAUAAACCAGGACUGAGUCAAAACCAGGGGUGGAUCUCAACCCUAUAUUAUAAACCAGGACUGAGUCAAAACCAGGGGUGGAUCUCAACCCUAUAUUAUAAACCAGGACUGAGUCAAAACCAGGGGUGGAUCUCAACCCUAUAUUAUAAACCAGGACUGAGUCAAAACCAGGGGUGGAUCUCAACCCUAUAUUAUAAACCAGGACUGAGUCAAAACCAGGGGUGGAUCUCAACCCUAUAUUAUAAACCAGGACUGAGUCAAAACCAGGGGUGGAUCUCAACCCUAUAUUAUAAACCAGGACUGAGUCAAAACCAGGGGUGGAUCUCAACCCUAUAUUAUAAACCAGGACUGAGUCAAAACCAGGGGUGGAUCUCAACCCUAUAUUAUAAACCAGGACUGAGUCAAAACCAGGGGUGGAUCUCAACCCUAUAUUAUAAACCAGGACUGAGUCAAAACCAGGGGGGGGAUCUCAACCCUAUAUUA